GUGAGACUAUCACUGAAUUCUUCAUUACCAGCAGAUACAUUAUCUCACGGCAAUCAUGAUAAUGAUGAAACUCUGGACCCUCCUUCUUGCCUAUGCGCUAAUCAUUUGUCAGAUGUACGUCUCACAGGCAGCUCCAUCCAGAACUAGUAAGGAGUUAAUGUCAGAUGGAGUCACACUAUCGAAUGAUGAUGCCCAGAAGUUACUCCGAGCUAUCAAGGAAUUCUUGCAAAUAACUUCAGAUGACCAAGAAUACCAAUCACCUGACGGAAACAGCUUGGAUAGACCCAUGUCUAAGCGCUGCACCGGCUUAAGCACUUGUGUGCUGGGCAAACUAUCCCAGGAUAUUCAUAAACUACAAACCUAUCCACGCACCAACGUGGGAGCAGGGACGCCUGGGAAGCGAAGUCUCUCUGAGCAAUAUGAAAACUAUGGCAAUACUUACAACUAAAUCUCUCACUUUCUAGCCCACCUAUUCAUCUGAGUUAAUGUUUGCUCGUUCAUCCAGCACUAUCUGUUCACAGGACUGCUGAUGCAUGUGGAUUGUAUUUGUCUGACUGACUUCAUGGAAACGUCCUUGAUUUAUUUUUCCACUUGCAGUCAUUAGAUUUUGACAGAGACUUAACAAUUAAACUGUAUAUCCCUAUACAAUUUUAAAAAGAGCUUGAAACC